AUGUGGGAAAGCAGCAGAGUGGCGCGCCUCAGUUUGGUGGCUUCGAUGUGUGUGGGCGUGUGCGCCGAGUUCAACAUCGAGUUGGACAUACCGCCGCCCCUGCCAGCGGAGCACAGCAUCUAUGUUGACAAGGACCAGGUGGUGGACUUGGGGAACGGCAAGAAGCUUACAGUUGACGACAUUGUCAUUGGAAUGGAGUACUUGUUCGAGCGUCGGGUGCUGUACGACAAGCAGAGGUGGCGGGGCAUGAUUAUGGAGCAAAACCCCUUAGAUGCUUUCGCAAUCCAGCACUUCCUGUAUAAAGCCAAGCCAGAUGUGUUGAUUGAGUUUGGAACGAAUACCGGCGGCGCUGCCGUGUUCUAUGCCGAAAUGAUGACGGCUUACAACCCCGCGUCGCACGUCAUCACCAUCGAUCCCUUUGAUCGCGUGUCGAGAUCACACACAGGGUACGUGCCAGAGGUCCUUGCCUCCUCCAGCCCCUUGUGGGGCACUGCGGUGCGGCCCAUCGUCGGAGAUCCCACCUGGCGUAACGUGAGCGCUUUGGUCAGGAAGCUGCUGAGGGACUUCAACGCCAGCAGCGUGUUCAUCAUCGAAGACGGGCGCCACAGAAGACAUUCCGUCCUGUCCAACUUGCUUAUGUAUCACGACCUGGUGAAGCCCUGCGGCUGGAUACUUGUACAGGACACGCGCUUGGAUCGCACAUUGCAUCGGGCCGGAGAGGGGCCCUAUGCAGCGGUGAAGGAAUUCCUGACCCUUGCACCGUAUUACCGGAUUCGCCGAGACUUCGAGUACUAUCUCUUCACCAACAACCCCAUGGGCUGGCUGCAGAAAGUGCCUCCUAACCAUGACUGUAGUAAUGAAAGAUGA